AUGAAGUCCUCUGUGUUCAUCCUUUCUCUGCUCCUCAUUCUGGAAAGGCAAGCACCUGUGGUUGGACAAUAUGGUGGGACAAAAGGUCAUUUCCAGAGCAGCUCCUCGGGAUUCAUGCUUGGUCAGAAAGGCCAUCUCAAUUUCGGGAUCAAAGGUGGAAGUGAGGAAGCAGCUGAAGAAAGUGUUUUCAUGCAAUCACAACACCAGGUGUUCGGCCAGGAUGGUGGUGACAUGACAGAGACACAGACACGGGUUUCACAGGAGCAAACAAGUGUAAAAGGGGGAGCUCUUUGUCGUAAAGGACAAAUAUCCCAACUGAAAUCCCAGGAAUCCCAAAUAAAAUCCUUUGGACAAGUGAAAUCUGGUGGACAACUGAAAUCCGGAGGAGCAUCCUUUGGACAAGUGAAAUCUAGUUCGUCCCAAGUAAAAUCCUUUGGACAACUGAAAUCUGGAGGAUCAUCCUUUGGACAAGUGAAAUCCAGUUCGUCCCAAGUAAAAUCCUUUGGACAACUGAAAUCCAGUGGGUCCCAAGUAAAAUCCUUUGGACAGCUGAAAUCUAGUGGAUCCCAAAUAAAAUCCUUUGGACAGACAAAAUCCCAAGGUGGCCAAAUAAAAUCCUUUGGUCAAAGAAAAUCUUAUGGUGAAGAAGCUCAACUGAACUCUUUCAGCCAACUAAAAUCCCAAGAUGCCCAACUAAAAUCCUAUGGUCAACAAAAAUCCCAAAAACAAUCCUCCUUUAGCCAAGUAAAAUCUCAAAGUUCCCAACUAAAGUCCUAUGGCCAACAAAAAUCCCUCAAAGGCUUUUCUCAACAAGCUCAACACAAAGGAUUUGCCAUGGAUGAAGGCAUGUCGCAAGUGGGGAAACAAUUCUCAGACGAUGACCUCUCUGUGCAACAGAAAUCUACCCAACAGAUGAAAACAGAGGAAGACUUAUCCCAGUUUGGACAACAGCGACAAUUUGGACAAGAGCGCUCCCAAUCCUAUCAAGGAUAUCUUGCACAAUACAGAAAGAAAUUACAAGAACAACAACAAAAAAAUUUUAAUCAUGAUAACUAUUUUACAAAGGGAGGGGCAGGCCUAUAUCAAGCUCAACUUAAGGGAUAA